UUUAUUUUGCGCUGAUAAUCUGUGAACUAUGAGACAGAUUCUACCUCGUAGUCAGAGUGCAGAUGAGCAGUUCACCCUUAAGAACGAACUGAGAAGCAGGUGUGCAUCCUAAAAGACAUCAGAGCUUGUUCUUUUCAGUGAUCUGUAAACCUAUGAAAUCAUUGCUCCUUUAACUCAGAGCUGAUCAUGGGAGCUUCACAGAGCAAGGAUAAGAUGCAGUGCAACAGUUACCUGAAUGGAAAAGGUCCUCCGCCGCUGACUGGGUCAGAUGGCCAACCAUCAAACAACCACAAAAAGAAUGGUCUGAUAAAACAAGGAAACCAGCCAGACGGAGGGCAGAUGACAUGGGAUAUCGAGAGACGGAGUUUGCCGGGAUAUGCUGACUGUGACACCAUUAAAAUUACCUAUCAUUUUGAUGAUGGAAUCCAGUCGGACAAGCAUCCUCAUCCAGGACACAGCUACAAGGGCACUAACUUUGUAGCCUUCCUGCCUCAGAACACCACAGGGACCAAGAUUCUCCGAAAACUGGAGUGUGCCUUCGAACACAAGCUGCUGUUCACUGUGGCGGCCAGUAACAAUAGUGAAUACUGCGUGAUGUCUGCAGAUAUACCAUUCAAGACUGUGAAAAGCGGGGGACCUGAAAGCUUGGGCUAUCCAGAUCCAGCGUACUUGAAAUCAGUAAUGAAAAGCCUCAAGGAAAAGGGGAUCAAAUGAGAGAAGAUAAACUACUAUGACUACAAUGGUUGAUUCCCAACCUCAUCAUAACCCUGCAUGAUCAAGAUAUGGAUAUGGAUGUGGCAUGAUUACAAGGAGUUUGACAUGUCUAAAUCUACAGAACAUGAUCAAGACUGAUAAAUUUGAGGACCUUUAUAUGCCAGAAACUGGGUUGCAAUGACGCACAUGGCGACAUUUUUUAGAUGUAGUGUAUUUUCUAUUAAAAAGAUGAAGCAUGUAAGUAAGACAGUAUUGUAUACACUGCAACCCAUUGUACAGUAUGUUUGUUUAAAAUGUUAAA